UGUUAAUGGAUUGCCACGAUUAGCUUUACGGUAAAUCGUUAAUUUUCAUGAGAGAUUGAGAUCUCUGCUCUCCUGUUUCCGUAUGUUGAAUCUGAUUAGCAUCCGUAUUGAUCCCAAUUACGAUUCUCCGAUAGGCGAGAAUUUUACUUCAGUCGCAGAACAAGUGUUGUCGAGGACGACCGCGGUGAUGGCUAGUGGUAUCAACGUUCAGUCUGUGAAGAACCUCGAUAUUCUCGCCGGUCUACGACUCGAUUAGGAUUACCAGCUUCGUCUCAGCGAGUACAUCUAACACGGCAGCCGUCGUCCAGUGAAACGCACACACAGAAGUGCAGUUCCUCUUCCCCAAUGGAAUGCAUGGCCGUCGGCGAGUUCUGGGUAGAAUGCCGCAUCGCGUUGCUAUUUGUAUCGCCCCUUCUCGCCUAUGCAACAAAAAUUGGAGAUACGGCUACAGAAGCGAUUCGAACCCUCUACUCAUUCACUUACCCGAUGUCCUUAUCAUCAAACAUGAGACAUCUUCAUCAUUUCCUGACUACUUCGAUUCCUCCCUUCCAUUUCAUGAUCAUUGGGCUUUGUCGAACGCCAGGUGACGCCUUUCGUACAGAACUUCCUUCACCAGCAUUGGGAAUGAAUACACCGGAGUAUCAAUACAAGAAUGAAGCGAGGCGCAUAUGUGCGCAUGCAACGCAUUCCACAUAUUGCCACAUGGUGCUGUACCUCUCAACAAGCGUUCACAUUCAAAGUAAUAUGACUUCCACUGGUACCGACGUGCUGAGGAAAGGACUUGCCCAGGGAAGUUUGCAUGCUAACGCGUGCUGCGAUAUCCUUUACCUUUGGGUUCUAAGCUACCAAGGUAUGGCAAUCUAUGGCCUCCGUCCUGGCGAACAGUCGAUCUAUCAAAAGCUGGGCUUUGAUCAGGAUCCGCGAACUAGCUGUUUUCCUUAACGCCGGGGCAUAUGACCCAUCUUUCGUCGUCAAAGUGUAGUACGGUGAUCUGAUCAUCAGCAACACCGAUUCCCAGAUGUUGAUGGUGGGUA